CAGCCAUCAGCAUUCACUUUCUCCUGAAGACUGACUGACAAGUUAAGCCAUGAUUCCAAUCUCUGAUGUGAAACGCAUAGCGGAAAGCCCACCAGCCUAUCGGAUUAUGAAGCCAUUGUGGGAUGUCUUCUCGGAGUACAUCUCCAUGGUCAUGCUUAUGGUAGCAGUGUUUGGAGGCACCCUUCAGAUCUCCCAAGACAAAAUGACUUGCCUUCCUUGCGUAUCGAUGACUGUAAACAGCUGCUAUAUUUCAUUAGAGACCUGGACUAUCAAUUCCGAAGAUUCAAACUCUAACAGCACGUCUACAUCUGUACCCACAGGUAUUAUUUAUAACAUGGACAGACAACAAUACGGCCUUGUGGAUGCUCUCUGUUAUGAGAUCCAUAUGCACUGGUUCUCCAAAUAUUUUCCUUACCUUGUGUUGCUCCAUACUGUAAUCUUUCAAGUUUGCAGCAACUUCUGGUUUAAAUUACCCAGUACCAGCUCCAAGCUGGAACACUUCCUUUCCAUACUUCUAAAGUGCUUUGACUCCCCCUGGACCACACAAGCUCUCUGCCAGGCUGUUGAAGAAAAGACCCCCAAUCCUAAACUCAGAGAAGACGUGGAAGCCAAUUUUGAGGAAUCUCAAAGAAGCACACUCCAUGUGGAUCAGGGUAUUGUGGAUAAACAGAAGAUAGGUGACCUUGACAAAAAAGAAGGAGAGCAGGCAAAGGCACUAUUUGAGAAGGUAAAAAAUUUCAAGAAACACGUGGAAGACGGAGACAUAGUAUACAGCCUCUACAUGCGUCAGAUAAUCAUUAAGGUGAUUCUCUUCAUAGGAAUUCUCUGCUACCACAUUUACUAUGUCCGCAGAAUUAUAUUUGAUGUGCAAUGCAGGGUCGAAACUGAGACUUUCACUGGAUAUCGAUUGUACCAUUGCAUCUAUCCAUUGGCACGCCUCUUCAGAAUUCUGGCGUCCUUCUACAUUACCUUAGUAGGCUUAUAUGGACUGGUAACUUUGUACACGCUGUGGUGGAUGCUGUGGUGCUCCCUGAAAGAAUAUUCCUUUGACUCUAUCAGAAAAGAGAUCAAAUACAGUGACAUUCCAGAUGUAAAGAAUGACUUGGCUUUCAUGUUGCAUCUCAUUGAUCAGUAUGAUCCGUUGUACUCCAAACGCUUUGCUGUCUUCUUGUCAGAGGUCAGUGAGAACAAGCUCCAUCAGCUCAAUCUCAACUAUGAGUGGACAUUGGAUAAGCUUCGUCAACACAUUACCAAAAAUACCCAGGACAAGUUAGAGCUUAAUCUCUGUAUGCUUAGUGGAAUACCUGACAAUGUAUUUGACCUGGUUGAGCUGGAAGUAUUGAAACUGGAUAAGUUUGAAAGUAUCAUAAUCCCUGUGAAUAUUGCCCAGCUCAAGAACCUGAAAGAGCUGUGGUUGGACUGCAAAGCUGUUAGUAUUGAUGUGCUAGCCCUGACCUUCCUUCGAGACAAUCUGAAGACCUUACAUAUCAAAUUCAUGGAUUUCAAAGAUAUCCCGUUAUGGAUUUACAACUUGAAAUCACUUGAAGAGCUGCACUUGAUUAGUAUUUUAAAUGAAGAGAAUAAAAAGCACCAUGAUAUUGAUCCUCUUCGUGAGUUAAAGAGACUAAAAGUGUUGAGGCUGAAGAGCAGCCUUAAAAAGAUACCUCAGGGGGUGGCUGAUGUCGGUGCUACUUUGCAAAAGCUGUCAAUCCACAAUAAAGGCACUAAACUGAUGAUUGUCAACAACUUGAAGAAGAUGGUUCAGCUCAAAGAGCUGGAGCUGGUACGGUGCAACCUGGAGAGGAUCCCCCAUAUUAUUUUUAGUCUUGUUACCUUGCAAGAAAUUGACUUGAAGGACAACAACUUGACUUCCAUCGAGGAGAUCAUGAGUUUACAGCACCUCCACCGUCUCACCAGUUUGAAGCUUUGGUUUAAUCAGAUUUAUUACAUACCUGUCCAGAUAGGAAAUCUGGAAACCAUUGAACGGCUAUAUUUAAAUAACAACAAGAUAGACAAUAUCCCAGUUCAGCUCUGCUAUUGUCGCAGGCUCCGGUAUUUGGAUUUGAGCCACAACAACCUCAGUUAUAUCCCACCUGAAAUAGGGAAACUGCAGAACCUUCAGUACUUUGCUGUUACUGCCAAUCAGAUUGAGACGCUGCCGCCUGAACUAUUCCAGUGUAUCAACCUACAGACCCUCAACCUUGGGAGCAAUCAGUUGGAUUCUCUGCCAUCAAGAGUCGGAGAGCUCACCAAAUUAACUCAGUUGGAGCUCCGUGAUAAUCAGCUAGAGCGCCUUCCAGUGGAGCUGGGAAUGUGUCCUCUUCUCAAACGCAGUGGGCUAUUGGUGGAGGAGGAAUUAUUCAAUGCCCUCCCUCUGGAAAUAAAAGAUAAGCUGGAAGGGUAG